AUGGAUUAAUAAAAUUCAGCCAAUCGAGAAGAGAAUUCAGUUUAGGCAAGAAAUAGAAGGAGAAGAAAUGAUUCCAAUAAUCGAGAUUAUACUUGCGGUUGUGGUAAAAGCUAUCUAAGUUAUGCUGCUUUAUAUACUCAUUUGAAGUAUGAAACUAUAUAUAACUGAAAGAUAGAAGCAUGAUUCAGUCGCUCCGGAUGGAACUCAUUUGCCAAAUAAUGCAAAUUAACGACCUGGUAGAGGAAGACCAAGAAGAGUAAAUUUAUCAUAAUAUACUAUGAGCAAGAAGAUUAAGAUAGAAAAAGUGCUAAAUCUGAUGAUGGAUAAUCUGAAAGUGGCAAUGAGCCAGACGAGACUCUUGAAGAACUUCUAACAUUCUUAGAUAGUCUAGGGAAUUUUAGAUAAACUGAAAAAUUUUCAAAUGAUGUAGAAGUUUAGGUGUUCCUGCUUUAAAAUUUUCCUUGUAAUGUCUUUUCAAAUUGUUCUGAAUAUUAGGGAAUCUAUGAUUUAUUAAAAGAUCUAACAAAUGAGAAAGUACAUAAUAUUUUCUAAUCUAAGAUUAAACUUUCAGAUACUGAUCUUCUUGCUAAUGAACCAUUUGAUAAAGAUAAAUCCUUACGUAAAACCAACGUAACUAAAAUUUUGGCAUAUUUUUUAACAUAAAUAGGUCCAAAACUAAGUGUAGAAGCAUAUAGAGAAGUAAUUUGAAUUCAAUAAAUAAAUAGAUGGCUAUAUUCACUAUUUUCUAUUAAAAAUGUUUGAAUGCUUUGGGAUAUGAGGCGAAAUAGAACUGUCUUUAAGAAUAAAAAAAUGGAGAUCAUAAACAAUUGGAUAUCAAAGAAGGUUGUAAUUCUAAAAUAUUUAUUAGAGGUUACUCAAAAUUAAGAGUUUUGUGAUGUUUAAAAUGGCGAGCAUAUGUUAUUGAUUGCUAACGAAUUUAUAUUAUCAUUUUUACCUUAAUCAUAUUUGGGAUUAGAGACAAUUGAAAAGAAUUUCAAAAUAUUUGGUAGUAGUGCUGAAAAAUUAAAAAACGCUGUGUAUGUAACUUAGCAUUUCUCGUAUUGGUUAUAUUCUUUAAAGUUUACAAACUCUAGAUUAGAUUUUUAUACUGAGGAUGAUUGAUCAUUUUUAAUUAUAAAU